AUGCCAUACGUCUCGCCAAAGGACGUGGCACGGGCGCGCGCAGACGCUGCUGUGGCCGACCUCGCAUCAAGUAUGGAGCAGACCUCGAUCGCCUCCACAGAGACCCAGUCCGAGACCGAGCCAAAUUCCGAGAGCGAGGCGACCGACACCACUGACGCCGACGCCGACACCGACUCCCUCUCGAGAUCACAUACACCCGACGCCCCAAGCCUCCUCUUGUGCGGCACAGACAGUUCCAACUCUGUACACACACUCUCAUCUGUCGAGGACGAGUUUCAAGUCGACGUCGAGGUUGUCGAGAUCGAAGAGGACACGUACUCUCCAGAGAUGGCGCAAUACCACCGCGACAUUAUCGCUUUCACCAAGCCUCUGUACGAUCGCGCCAAGAUGAUCCUCGAGCGCAAGAUGCGGGUUCACCGGGCACGCGGGGUUGUUUGUUAG